AUGGCUUGGGCGACCCGGGUUUGUGCGGAGUUGCUGAGGGGCGGGGUGUGGCUUUGGGUUUCCCCCGGGGAGGAGGAGCUUGUCUGCUGUGGGCGGAGCUGCGGGCGGGCCCGGCUCGGGCUGCGCGCAUCUGCCAGUCUCCCUUUUACCCUCUCUGCAGCAGCCAGCCUGAGCCAUGGGGCGUCGCUCCCUCCUGCUCCUGCUCCUGGCUUUCCUGACUCCUGGGGCCGCCACACCCGUACCGCCGGCCCUGAGGGCCCUCAGCAGCCUGCACUUGUCAACCAGCUUCAGAUCCCGUCCCGCUGUUGCCAUGAAGUACUCGAUUCACUACAUCCAACAGAAGUUUGCUUGGUUGAAGGUGGAUUGGAGAAGAAAGAAGAAUCAGAGGUUGAUCAUUUUGGAUUUCAUACUGAUAAAACUUUUAAACAACGGUACCUAAUAGCUGAUAAACAUUGGAAGGAAGAUGGUGGAUCUAUACUUUUCUACACUGGUAAUGAAGGGGACAUUAUCUGGUUUUGCAAUAAUACGGGGUUCAUGUGGGAUGUGGCUGAGGAACUGAAAGCUAUGUUGGUGUUUGCUGAACAUCGAUAUUAUGGAGAGUCCCUACCCUUUGGUGCCAACUCCUUCAAGGAUUCCAGACACUUGAAUUUUCUGACAACAGAGCAAGCUCUGGCUGAUUUUGCAACAUUAAUCAAAUACUUGAAAAGAACAAUCCCAGGAGCUAGAAAUCAACCUGUCAUUGCCCUAGGGGGCUCUUACGGUGGCAUGCUUGCAGCCUGGUUCAGGAUGAAGUAUCCUCAUUUGGUGGUUGGAGCUCUUGCAUCCUCUGCCCCCAUCUGGCAGUUUGAGAAUAUGGUACCUUGUGGUGUAUUUAUGAAGAUUGUAACUACAGAUUUUAGGAAAAGUGGCCCAAAUUGUUCAGAGAGUAUCCGCAGGUCCUGGGAUGCCAUUAGUCGACUCACAGAAAAGGGUACUGGCUUGCACUGGCUUUCUGAAGCCCUUCACUUAUGCACUCCAUUAACAGAAUCUCAGGAUGUUCAGCAUUUGAAAGACUGGAUCUCUGAAACCUGGGUGAAUCUGGCAAUGGUGGACUACCCUUAUGAGUCCAACUUUUUACAGCCUUUGCCUGCUUGGCCUAUCAAGGUAGUGUGCCAGUAUUUGAAAAAUCCCAAUGUAUCUGAUACAUGGCUGCUGCAGAAUAUUUUCCAAGCUCUGAAUGUAUAUUACAAUUAUUCGGGCCAGGCGAGAUGCCUGAAUAUAUCAGAGACAGCAACCAGCAGUCUGGGAGCCCUGGGUUGGAGCUAUCAGACCUGCACAGAAAUGGUCAUGCCCUUCUGUUCUAAUGGUAUUGAUGACAUGUUCGAACCUCACUCGUGGAACUUUAAGGAAUUUUCUGAUGACUGUUUUAAACAGUGGGGUGUGAAACCAAGGCCCUCUUGGAUCCCUACUAUGUAUGGAGGCAAAAACAUCAGUUCACACACGAACAUCAUUUUCAGCAAUGGUGAAAUAGACCCGUGGUCAGGAGGUGGAGUAACUAAGGAUAUUACAGACACCUUACUUGCGAUCGUCAUCCCAGAGGGAGCGCAUCAUCUAGAUCUCCGAGCCAACAAUGCCUUUGAUCCCGUCACUGUGCUAUUAGCCCGCUCCUUGGAAGUGAGACACAUGAAGCAGUGGAUCAAAGAUUUCUAUGCAAGUCUGGGAAAGAUGCACUGAGUAACGUUAGAUCAUUUUCAGUUUCUUCUUUUAAGUUCAUUCCACCCACACUUCCAUUCACUUUGGUUUUCUGUACAUAAUUACUUUCCCUUGUUUAUUAGAUUUGGUGUGGUGAAGGUUGAGACAGAAGAGAACGUGAUGGUGGUGAUAGCAGCCAUCCAAUGACCUGAGUCCUUGCCAUCUUUGUGCCACCUCCAGGAAGAAUUUCUUCAUGACAGCUUUCCCACACCAUCAGUGGCCUUGAUAACUAGAGCAGAGUAUUGACUGCCUUUCACAAGAGGGGGGAGUCACUUCCUUGGUUUCUCUGAAAGCAGGGAUUUAUUGGUUUCGAAGUUGAAGUCUCUUUGGCCCAUUUGUCACUAGCUCCUCUUCUACUUUCCCAAAAGGAAAAGCAGAAGAUAGAUAAAAAUGAUGUAAUUGCAGCUGGUAGGAAGGAUAUCCAGUGCCAAACCAGGAAAUGGGAACCAUUUCUUUUGUGCUUGAUUUAAUGACUUUGAACUGUGCUGUAAAUAAAGAAUAGGGCUGGACCUUAUACCUGUGUGUUGCUUCUGAAGCUCACUCCAGCUGUUGGGAAUGCUGUGUGCGCUGGGCUUGGCUGUUUUUGUAAAGUCCUUUAAUUUUCUCUCUUCUAUUUGGCAGCUUUUCUUAGUUCUGGGAUAUUUGCCACCAUGGUACUGCCAGUAAGAAAUCUGGCCUUUUUCUGCUCCAUUUCUCUUUGUUUCUGAGGUCAGUUUUGUGGUAGUUUGGUCAGGUUUUGCCAGUUUAGGAAAAUGACUCUGUUUUCCUUUUCUUUUUACAUCUGAGCAGGUUAUAUUCUGUGGUUACUGAUGAUACUUCAGUAAGAAGCCUUUAAAAACUGAUGAAUCAGCUAUUCAGAAGGCAAAAUAUAAUUAUGUUCAGCAUUUUGGUUUUUUAAUUUUAUUUUCUGGUGAUUGUUAUGCUGUCAUUAAAGCCAGAAGUGUCAGGACACUAAGAGGCAGGUGCACAAGAACUUUUCUGUAUGGCUUCCAAAAGACAAGCUGACUAAUUCAUGCAGGCAGCAUAUUUGACAUUAAUAAAUGGCUGAGCCAUUCCUAUUUCCAAGGGGUUGGCUUCUUUCAAGCAGUUCUUACACUGAGACCUUUCUUCAGAAGAGCUUUUCUAGGAUAACAAAUAGGGUUGGAUCAAAACCUUUCAGGGACAGAGAGAGAGACUAACAGUUUCUACUCUGUUGAAAGAUUUCUUUUCCCUUGUUUCCUUUUAUUUUCUCUCAGUUUUUUUUUUCUUCACUCUGCCUUGGGAACAUUUUCUGCUUUUUAAAAACUGUAUCUUGAGCUUGAGUAUUUCUAAAGCACUUAUUUUUUUUAUAAAAUGCAGAUAUAAUGUUCAUUCUCGGGUGGGAGACUGAAAUAUUCCCCUUACUUUCCCUGGCAUCUGGGAGAUACAGAAAAAUCUUUGUCUGGUUUCAGAAGCCUUCAGUUCUCAUUGUGAUAAGUUGUCCAUCAAAGCAUUUGGUCACUAUUUUCAUUUCAGCAUCAGAGAAAAGUCUGCUGGGGUGGGAAUUUAAGGGUCAAGACAAUACUAGUUUUUAUUCUUUGUCAACUAAGAAGUUAUAUAAUGCAGGGUUUAUGGGCUUAAUGGAGAAUAUUCUUACUAUUUAUUUUAGGCUAUAUUGAUUUUAGGAUAUUUUCAUUGAAACCUUUUUUACUUAAAAUCUUUAAAAUACUUUGCCACUUCAUUUAAUAUUGAUUGUUUGGAUGAGUUGCAUUUUUGUGAAGAGAAAAGUUGUCAAAAAAUGACUGUUUUUUAUGUACAUGUUUUUUCUAUGUACAUUUCAUGACAGAUAGCAACCUUAACUAAAGUUGGCCUAAUUAUAAUAUGCUAAAAUUUAAUUUUAAAUUGAAAAAUAAUUGAAGCAUCGAAUAAGCCUGAUUUAAAGCAUCCAUCUAAUUAUUAGAUGAUGCUUUUGAAGACCAGGAAAGAGAGACACAGAGAGUUGGAGUGUUUUUUAUUCUGUGUCUUUGUUACUCUAACUACCUAGAGUCAAUGGGCAGAACUAAAGAAAUUUAGAGAUCUUUCUUAAGGGAUCUGUAGAGUCAAGAGAUUAUCCAGAGGAGCCAAUGUCUAGUCUAGUAUAUUAGAGAGUUCUGAAGGCAACUCUGAUGUCAUCCAGUCCAACCACAUCAUUCGUAGGUGAUGGCAUUGUGGCCCACAGAGAAGGGACUUGUCUAAGGCCUCACAGCUCAUUUUUAGCAGAACCCAGCUUUGCAUCCAAGUUUGUUUGUUGUUGUUGUUUUGUUGCUUUCACUUUAUUGGUGUAGCUUAAAUCUUUGUUUGAAUUCAAGCAACAAAACCUCAUUAAACCAGCUUAAGCAAAAGAGGGAAUUUAUUGAAGCUAUGUAGUAAUAGCUACAGGACUUGGGUAAUGAGGAAUUGUGAAAGAAUGGAAUUAGGGUCUGGAAAGUCAUUAAAAGUCAAGACUGCUACUUUCUCUCGCUUACAGCAGAGGUCACCAGUUGUCAACCAGUGCAUACGAUUUGCUUCUCUUAUUUGUAGUUUGGUUAGCAGUCUAAAGUGUGCAUGUGCAUCAGAAUUACCCGAGGGGCUUGUUAAAACAUUGAUUGUUGAGCCCCAUCCCAGAGUUUGUAAUAAUAUGUCUUGGGGUGGAUCCUGAGAAGUUGCAUUUUUAACAAGUUUCCAGAUGACGCUGGGGAAUCACACCUUGAGCACCACUAGUUAAGAGAAUUCUGAAUUUGAAUUUCCUCAGACAAGGCAUGUGCCUUCAGUUCUCCUCACUCCUGUUGUCCUACCUGAUCCCAUUUGAGUAGGGGAGCCCUGCCGAACGCUUCCUUUCCCAUGGCUGCUUCAUCUCUGCAGAUCAGUUUCCUCUUCUCUGCUCACAAAAGGCCUGUGACGACUUCCCAGAAUGGUGUCCUCAGGCUCCUGAGGCUGCACCAUCUUGCAAGCCCACAACUCUCAGAUGGUUAGGGAGGGAUAAAAUCAUAAACGCAUGGCUUCAGAGACACACUAUUUAGGAUGAGGGUGGAGGAAGAGCAUCUCAAGCAAUUCAGUGUAUAUCUAUCAAACAGUGUUUCUUGGAACAUAGGUGUCACAAAAUGCCAAUGACUUACGUAAUAGAAAGAUCCAUAGUUAAGCAAGGUUGGAAAAUGAUGGGUUAAAGUUAAGUAGUUUUUUUUUAAAACUGUAAAUAUGCAGUGUGACUUUCCGAAAUGGUGAUCAAGAAUACAACUUUUGGGCUUCCCUGGUGGCGCAGUGGUUGGGAGUCUGCCUGCCGAUGCAGGGGAUACGGGUUCGUGCCCCGGUCCGGGAAGAUCCCACAUGCCGUGGAGCGGCUGGGCCCGUGAGCCAUGGCCGCUGAGCCUGCGCGUCCAGAGCCUGUGCUCCGCAAUGGGAGAGGCCACAACAGUGAGAGGCCUGCGUACCGCAAAAAAAAAAAGAAUACAACUUUUGCUUACAGAAAUGCUCUUACUUACAGAGCAUUUACAAGGCAUAAGAUGUUGUUCUGGAACCUGGAGGAUACAAUGGUGAAAAAGCAAACACAGUGUCUCUACUAAUAAGGUUUACAUUCCAGUGGGAGGAAGGCACGAAAUGUCAAAUUAUACAGACAGAGUGUACAAUUAUAAGUGUUAUGAAGAGUGGUGUUAUUAGGAAAUUUAGCAGGGAAUAGUCUGAGCUGGUCUGUGGGAGCAAGAGAAUGCUGUUCUGAGAGGUGAUGUUUUAGGUUAUCUAAACGGUAAAUGGGGGCUAUGCUAGAAGAGGAGUGGAGAAAACGGCAUGCGCAAAAGCCCCGAGUGUAGUAUACUCAAGGAACUGAAAGAAGGCCUCUGUAUGGGACAGCAGAUGACCACAUGACCACAGAGAAAGUGACAUAAGAUGAAUCUGGAGACCUGGGCAGGGAGGAAGCUCAUUCAAGUAGACCAUGAUAAGGAGUCUUUAUAAGGAAUGAAAAACCGUCGACUGUCCUUAUUCAGGGGAGUGACAUGAACAGAUUUUCAUUAAAAAGAUCACUCUGGCUAUAAAUUGUAGAGUGUAUUGGAGGGGGUAAGCAUGUAAUAUAGGAGGCCACAGUUGCAAUUGUCCAAGUAAGAGAAAGAGAGCUUUGACUAGGGUGGUAGAGGUGGAAAUGAGAAGUGGAUGAAUUUGAGAGAGAUUUGGUAAGGAAUGCCAGUGGGAUUUGGUGAUGAGUUUUAUAUGAGAUAUGAGUUGGGCAGGAGAUGUCAAGGUUGAUGAUUUCUGACUUGUGCGCUUGGAUAGAUGGUGGUGUCAUAAACUGGAAAGAAAGCCCCACUGGGUGACCAGGUUUGGCAGGAAGAUUAUGAGUUCAGUUUUGUCAUGCUGAGUUUUAUAUACUUUUGAAAUAACCAAGUGGAGCUAGCUGUCAAGUAGGACUGUUGGAUGUAAAGAUCUGUAACCCGGUCUGGGCUGGAGAGCCAUGGUCAAUAGAUGGUAAUCAAAGCAUGGGAUGUGAGCUCAAGGAACUAGUGUUCAGGAAAUAUACUUCAGGAGCUGCUACUAUACUGUACUUACCACAAUACAUUCUUAAGAAGACCCCAAACAUCCUAAUUCUCCUACAACUGUAGUACAUUUGACUCCACUGAGCCAACCCAUCACUUGAUCCCUGGUACAGCCUUUGCUAAAAAUUGGGAUCUACCUCUCUGCACUCAUUUCCCGUUCUUACUGCUGCCUUUGACUUUCCUAACAACCUGCACUUCAAACACAAAAAUUUCUGUUAUUCUAAAAUACUGUUCCUGGGCUUCCCUGGUGGCGCAGUGGUUAAGAAUCCGCCUGCCAAUGCAGAGGACACAGGUUCAAGCCCUGGUUCGGGAAGAUCCCACAUGCUGCGGAGCAACUAAGCCUGUGCGCCACAACUACUGAGCUUGCACUCUGGAGCCUGCAAUCCACAACUACUGAAGCCCACGUGCCACAGCUGCUGAAGCCCGUAGGCCUAGAGCCCGUACUCCACAAAAAGAGAAGCCACUUGCAAUGAGAAACCCACGCACCGCAACGAAGAGUAGCCCCCGCUCGCCACAACUAGAGAAAGCCUGUGCGCAGCAGUGAAGACCCAACACAGCCAAAAAUAAAUAAAAUAAAAAAUUAAUGUAUUUAUUUUAAAAAAUAAAUAAAAUAAAAUACUGCUUCUCUGUCUGA